UCAUGGGCCGUUCGGUCUCCAAAAUGCGCACUGUACUUGAAAUGGGUCAACCUCGACUCCACGCCGCCAGCCGAGCGACCGUGAACGCCUUCGCCGGGGCGAGCGGUCUGCGCCCGAGUCGCCCUCGGUGGCCUGGACUAGACGGGUGAGAUGUUGAGAGGGGCGACAGAGGGGAGGAUAAAUAGACUGGCGCCUCCCACCCUCCUCGCGGGUCAAGUCGUAUUCUGUUUCGUGAUCUUCUAAUAUCUUCACGGCUUCCCUACACACUACCGAAGUACUCAGCCAGACGACUAGGCGUUUGGAACCUCGAAACUGCAAAAGAGAAAGGGAAUUACCACGAACGAGUACGCAGAAGAAGACAGACAGGAGAAGAACUAUAAGAGCAAUCUUUGUACAUUGUCGAAGGUGGAAAGCAAAGGCAUCCAACUUCAUUUGGCAUUUACAUAACAAAGAAUCGUUUACUUCUUCUUGGUCUCCGUGCCAGUGUUGUGCGGCUAUAACUGUGUAGUCGACUGCCUUACCAAUACUAGGACUAACACAGGUUGCGGACGCAUCCUAGCUAUCGAAAUGGCUCCCGAUCUCAACUCCCUACCUUUGCCCGCUGGCGACGGCCCGUCACGCAACGAAAAGCCUAACAUUUUAUACAUUAUGGCUGACCAGCUGGCUGCUCCGCAGCUCAAGAUGUACAACAAAGACUCUCAGAUCAAGACACCCAAUCUUGAUCGCUUGGCAGAGUCGUCUGUCCAGUUCGAUUCGGCCUAUUGCCCUUCUCCCCUCUGCGCCCCGUCCCGCAUGAGCAUGAUCACCGGCUUACUGCCAAUGAAGAUUGGAGCGUUUGAUAACGCCUCGCAAAUCAACUCCGAAGUCCCUACUUAUGCUCACUACCUGCGAUCCAAGGGCUAUCACACGGUGCUGGCAGGCAAGAUGCACUUUGUUGGGGAUCAGCUGCACGGCUACGAGCAACGCCUGACUAGUGAUAUCUAUCCUGGCGAUUUUGGUUGGGCUGUGAAUUGGGACGAACCUGACACCAGACUGGAGUGGUAUCACAAUGCCAGCUCUAUUCUGCAAGCUGGACCAUGUGGUCGCAGCAACCAGCUUGACUAUGAUGAAGAAGUCAUGUACAGAAGCACGCAAUACCUGUGGGAUCAUGUGAGAGAGGGUCCUGAGAAGCGUCCAUUUGCACUCACGGUUUCCCUCACUCAUCCCCAUGAUCCGUAUACGAUUACUAAGAAAUACUGGAAUCGAUACGAAGACGUCGAUAUUGCCCUACCCAAAGUGCGCAUUUCAAAGGAGGAUCUUGAUACCCAUAGCAAACGUCUCAUGAAGGUUUGCGACCUUUGGGACCAGGACUUUACCGACGAGCAGAUCAAGCGAGCAAAGCGUGCCUACUACGGCUCCGUCAGUUACGUUGACGACUGUCUUGGCAAGCUCCUCGAAACUCUCGAUGAGACAGGAUUGGCAGAAAACACCAUUGUCAUCUUCAGUGGUGACCACGGCGAUAUGCUCGGGGAGCGAGGCCUCUGGUACAAAAUGAGCUACUUCGAGUCUUCUGUUCGUGUGCCUCUUCUCAUCAACUACCCCAAGUGGUUUGCCCCUCACCGGGUAUCCCAAAAUGUUUCGACCCUCGAUCUGCUCCCCACUAUCUGCGACCUCAUCGGCUCAAAGCCCGCGCCGCUCCUACCAAUGGACGGUGUGAGCAUGUUACCGCACUUGAAGGGAGAAAAUGGCCCCGAUACACCAGACACUGUGUUCGCAGAGUACACCGGCGAAGGCACUGUUCGGCCAAUGAUGAUGAUUCGAAGAGGCCCUUGGAAGUACAUCACUUGCCCAGUUGACGUCCCUCAACUAUACAAUCUUGAGCGGGAUGCUGACGAAUUGGACAACCUUGCUCGUUUCUCUACAGUCGAGCCCCAGACAGACGAGGAGAAGGAGGCCAAGGCAGUCUUUGACAAGUUUGAAGCCGAAGCUAAGAGCAGAUGGGAUUUUGAUACCAUCACUGCUCAAGUUUUACAAUCCCAACGCAGCAGACGUGUGGUUUGGGAUGCUCUGAAGCUCGGGUCAUUUACCAGCUGGGAUUUCGACCCUGUGGAUGACGGAAGACAAAAGUACAUCCGCUCUACAAUUCCUCUGGAUGAUCUUGAGCGCCGCGCCCGCUUUCCAUUUGUUGAUACACACGGUUAUGAAAUCAACAAGGGAGGUGUUGUUAGCUCUACCCGUGGUUAACUCUACUGAGUGGUGUUUAUUGAUGAGACCAAGUGUGUGUACUAAAGCAAUUCGAGCAUUUAUAGCAGUGGGAUGGAGUUUAUAAUUAUUUUUGAUAUCGAUUGGGCGAGCUUAUUUAUUUAUUUUACCUUAAAGACAAAUGAAAUUACAAAUAUUCUAUACACACUUCCUUAGCUGUUGUUGGUACAUGGUAUCAGGUUGGCUGGGCACUUGUAGUCCGU